CAGGGAGCUAGUGGCUUACCGUAGUAGCUUCUACAUCACAACUAAGCUUUUCAAACUGGAUUAUUUUGUCUGCUCCUGAUUCAAGACAACAAUUUGAAUCAAGAAAUACUCCAUCCAUCCAACCUCUUAGCCUAACCUGGCUACUGUUGGCUGAAGGUGGGUACAUUCUAGUUUGUCAUAAGAAAUACUCGGAACUUCAAUUUUAAGCUGUUUUCUUUCUAUAUGUCCUCCAUCAUAUGGAAAUUGCCACACAUACAUGUUAGAAACACAAUGUUCGUUGUAGUGGGUCUUUAAACUAUGAAUAUUGUAAUAGCUGCCUUCGGGCCUGUUUGCAGUCGCCAUGGCUCCCCAUUUCUGUUUUACUAAUUGAUAAUAAUGAAGAGUGCGGGCUCUUUAAUGGCUUUGCUUUCAUUGCCAAGCGUUGCAUCAUUUUCCACAGCUGUGAGGAGUGAAUGUGGUCAUUUAUACAGUCUGAAAAGCCAUGUGCAACAGCCCCUGUGAAAAAAGGUUAAUUAAGCAUAUGUGACCUCCUUUGUGUGGUGGUGUGACACGGACACGGGGGGGUAACACAUGCGGGACGUCGGGGUGGAGCUGUGACGCGCCGCUUGCUGCAGCUGAAACACUUUUCAGACCAAAGUAUUUUUGCGCGUUUGGGUGUCCGUUCCGACGCGCAAAAGCCGCGCAGAUCUGCUUGCCCCCUCCUUUUUUUACCCCUCUCUUUUGGAGUGGGAGGGGCUCGUUUUUCCUUCGAUUGUCCGCCCCCCCUUCUCAUUUUUUUUUUCCAAAGUUGAAUUUUCCGCCUGCCUGGGAGCUGUCGCCAGAGGAGCAGCGCAGCUCACUGCGCCUCCAGACCAGAACGCACCGGGACGAGGGCUUGUUUUUUCUUUCUUUUUUUCACAAGGGAGGGAGGCUGCGUCUCGCGGAGCAGACAGGAGGAGAAAACACCUCCUAACCCGUUAGGGAUUCUUUUUUUGUGUGAUUCAACCCUCUCCUCUCUAGUCUGUCGUGUUGCUUCCUUUCGGGAUACUUCCAAGAUGUCAGAGGAACAGAGCUGUGGGCAUGAAAAGCUGGUACUUGGCCAGCUUCCGUGGGAUUUGAUGUCUUCUUUAGAUUGGUUUCAUUGAAGAUGGAAACACUGGAGUCUGAGCUGACCUGCCCGAUCUGCCUGGAGUUAUUUGAAGAUCCUUUGCUCUUGCCUUGUGCCCACAGCCUGUGCUUCAACUGUGCUCACCGCAUCCUGGUGUCUCACUGCUCCACCACCAAACCCCUGGAAUCCAUCUCGGCCUUUCAGUGCCCCACCUGUCGCUACGUCAUCACGCUGAAUCACCGUGGCUUAGAAGGCCUGAAGCGCAAUGUGACGCUGCAGAACAUCAUUGACCGCUUCCAAAAGGCCUCCCUUAGUGGACCCAACUCCCCCACAGAGAGCCGGCGCCUGCAGCCGCAGCGGCCCUACACCGCCACCAUUAGCGGUACAAUAGCCGGGACGAUCGGCGGAGGGGGCGGCACAGGCGGAGGAAGUGCCCGCGGCAGCCCGGCCACCUCCAGCCACUCGCACCCGCACACCAACCACACCAACCACAUCAACCACAACAACGCAAACCACAGCCCGGCCAUUGUUGUGAAGAUGGAGCCCCGGAUCAGCUGCCAGUUCUGCGAGCAGGAUCCGCCGCGGGAGGCCGUGAAGACGUGCGUUACAUGUGAGGUGUCGUACUGCGACCGCUGCCUGCGCGCAACACACCCCAACAAGAAGCCCUUCACCAGCCACCGCCUGGUGGAGCCAGUGCCGGACACCCACCUCCGCGGCCUGACCUGCCUGGAGCACGAGAAUGAGAAGGUCAACAUGUACUGCUUGGUGGACGACCAGCUCAUAUGUUCCCUCUGCAAACUGGUGGGGCGCCACAGGGAGCACCAGGUGUCCUCGCUCACAGACCGCUUUGACAAGCUAAAGGCUUAUCAGGUGAGCCCGGGCAGAGUGUCAGAUGCGGUAAUGGAGGCUUCAAAGACAAGCGCUGCGCAAACGCUGGAGAACAACCUGACCAACCUGGUGAAGAGGAACAGUGAACUGGAGAACCAAAUGGCCAAACUCAUUCAGAUCUGCCAACAGGUUGAGGUAAAUACAGCCAUGCAUGAAGCCAAGUUGGUGGAAGAGUGCGAUGAACUGGUGGAGAUCAUUCGCCAGAGGAAACAGGUCAUCGCUGUCAAGAUCAAAGAGUCCAAAGUGAUGAAACUUCGCAAGUUGGCUCAGCAGAUCGCAAACUGUCGCCAGUGUCUGGAACGCUCCAGCGCCCUCAUCACGCAGGCGGAGCAGAGCCUGAAGGAGAACGACCACGCCCGCUUCCUCCAGUCUGCCAGGAGCGUUGCAGAGAGGGUUGCCAUGGCAACGGCGUCCUCACAGGUACUCAUACCUGAUGUCAACUUGAACGAGGCGUUUGACAAUUUUGCCCUGGACUUUUCCCGCGAGAAAAAAAUCCUCGAGGGAUUAGAUUACCUGACAGCUCCCAAUCCACCAUCCAUCAGAGACGAGCUGUGUACCGCCUCCCAUGACACCAUCACCGUCCACUGGACGUCUGAGGACGAGUUCAGCGUCACCUCCUAUGAGCUGCAGUACACCAUCUACACCGGACAGACGAACUUCAUCAGUUUGUACAACUCCGCAGACAGCUGGAUGAUCGUACCCAACAUCAAGCAGAAUCAUUACACGGUGCACGGAUUGCAGAGCGGCACGCGCUAUAUCUUUUUUGUCAAGGCUAUCAACCAGGCGGGAAGUCGCAACAGCGAGCCUGCACGACUCAAAACCAACAGUCAGCCGUUCAAGUUGGACCCAAAAACAGCUCACAAGAAGCUCCGUCUGUCCAACGACUGCCUGACCAUGGAGAAGGAUGAGAGCUCGCUGAAGAAGAGUCACACGCCGGAGCGCUUUGGCGGCACCGGCUCCUACGGAGCUGCCGGAAACGUCUUCAUUGACAGCGGUUGCCACUACUGGGAGGUGCUGCUGGGAGCGUCGACGUGGUACGCCGUCGGCGUGGCUUACAAAUCGGCACCAAAAAAUGAAUGGAACGGCAAGAACUCGUCUUCAUGGGUGUUCUCCCGCUGCAACAACAACUUUAUGGUUCGGCACGAUGGGAAGGAGAUGCUGGUGGAGGCCAGCCUGCAGCUGCGGCGGCUGGGCGUCCUGCUGGACUACGACAACAACUCCCUGUCCUUUCACGACGCCAUGAAUUCCCAGCACAUCCACACCUUUGAAAUCUCCUUCCUCCUGCCGGUCGUCCCCACGUUUAUGAUCUGGAACAAAUCGGUCAUGAUCCUCUCAGGACUCCCCGUCCCAGAUUUUGUCGACGGCGUGGCCUCGGAUCUCCAGGAGCACCAACAGCAGCAAAUGGGCCUGUGCCGGCAAGAAUCGCCGUAUUUGACGGGGAUGAAAACCUGCCACUGACCGGCCCGGCGACUGAGAGGCUGAGCUCGGCUCAGAUCCUCACGAGUGAACGAGCUGCGGGGGUAAAGAGGGUUGGAAAUAUGCACACCGGUCUGGAAAAAUGUUAGUCUCAUUUCUUUGUAGCCAUUCAGCGUUCCACAUAUCCAUUAACGAGGCAGAAAAAAAGUUUUCCGCCUCAGAACAUCAGUGUGUUCCGGUCCACGGAGGCUGCAAAGUCGCUGAGAAAGAAAGCAUUCAACUGUCGCCGGGUAGAUAUAGCAGGACUCCUGCUUUCAGGACCAGUUCAGGUCUUCCUUUUUUAAGUUCUGUUGCAGCUGAUUUGACCCACAGGCAGAAGACCAAAGGUGAGAAUCUUCAUGUUAAACAUUUCUAGUCUGUCAGUCGGCUACUACAUUUUUUUCUUUUUUACAAAAAAUACUCGAUCAAGAUGGAGCUGCUGCUUCUCAAACUACUGAUGCUGUAACAAAGUUUUUUUUUUUAUUAUUGUUGCAUUUCUGUCAAGUUUCUGCAAGUUUGAACAAAAAACUAACUGGCUUUGAUACCAUAACAAAAAUACAAAUGGAUCAAAGUUUUUUUUUUCAAUAAUAGAAAUCAGCUAAAUAAGGAGAAGUUAUGCCCUUUCAUCAUCUGUUAACUCAUUAUUAAAGAAAACAUCAUAGUCAGCUGUUUUUAAAUUCAAAUCUCUUUUUUUUCCACUUUCAUCAAAGCUCAAUAAAUCAAACCCCUUUCUGCUAUUACAUUCCUAUAAGUCUUAAAAUUAAUGGAAAAAGGUUCAGGACAACUUACACAACUGUCAAUCAGAAAAAUACUAUGAAACUGUGUAUUACAGUUAGCGAAACUACAUUGUAUGAAAAUUAUUAGUGAACAGAGAAGCAAAAAGUUUCAUUAAGUACUGGCUAACUUUGAAAACUAUUUAGGCAACUUGAGUUAUAGAGAGUUGGGAAUGAAAGUUAAAAAGAAAAUCAACACAAUUCUAUUCAAUUGUGAAUAAUUCUGAGUCGUCAGAAUCUGCAGGAAUUAUCGUGUUGAUUAAAAAAUUACAGUAAAUCAAAGAACAUAAACACUGCAGCUCCAGUGUUCAAGGGUUAAAUGAUGCAAUAAAAUCUACACCUCAAAAGCUGCUUUACUGUUUGGCAACUGGCAAACUCUUUAACCCCCCAUUUUACAAAAACACCUUUUUCCAACAUCACAUCCUACACAAUAGCAAUAAGAGCUAAAAAAUGAGGUGUCUACAGCUUUAAUUCAUCCAUUUGAACUUGAUUAUAUGAUGCAAGGCAGAGAGAGAACUCUGACUUUAAGAUGUCUCUUUUGAUCAGAGUUCCCGCCUCCUGUCUAACAGGGUAAAUGGAGGUGGAAUAAGUGCUAUGGCUUUCUCAUUUGUAUGUGUACAUUAGGAAUCCAUUUCCUGUUCGAACCCACACAAUUAUUCAAACUUGCAGAUGACUCAGACGCUGGUUGAGGAGUGGGUUUAUAAAUAUCCUGUUGUUGCUGUGCAUGUGUUGUGUCUUUCAUCUGUGACUUUAGUCUCCUUGGUCUUCUUGACCCAGCUGAGUCUACAGUGUUGGGUCACGUUAGCAGCUUCCAGGAAGUGCUGCUUCAGAAGAUGUUCACAGGGGGAAGGUUUGCAUCAUGCGGUUACUCUGAGUGUAUAGACAGAUUUAUUUAGAGCAAAUGUGUUAUUUAUGGCAGAAAAGACGAUGUACUUUUGGUAUUGAUGGCACCAUGUUCAUGAUGCACUUUUGAAUUAGCACUAUUUCCCCUGGCGUGUGGUGAAGUAGAGGAAACAGAGUGACAGGGCUGUGAUGGGGAGGGCAAGUGACAAAUCUACUGCUGUUCGUGUUCACUUUCUUUCAUAUUUUGGGUGAGAAUUCCUAAAUGAUCUAUGGUUGCAAUAGUAAUGACAUUGAAAGUGUAGACAGUAGUCACUCAAAAGCACUUUGGAAAUAAAAAAAAGUAAAGUCAGUUUUUAUUUUGUUAUAAACACAGCCACGGACUUUCCCUCCCCAGCACAUUUUUCAGCAGCUUAAAUUGUAAAUGAUAAAAAGAUUUUUUUCAUUUUAUUAUGAUAAGAACUGAAAACUGUUGAACUUUUCAGGGAUGAGCAGAGUUCCGAGUGGAUUUUCUGUGUUCCACACUGUCGACGCCACUGUUUGGCUCACACAUGUAUGUCACCUUCUGUUCAGGUGGAGAUGGAUGCAUGACACAUUGUGAAAUCCCAGGGAAUUUCAACUUCCUCUUUCAAAUGUUUCUUUAUCUGGCUGAACAUUUUGCUCACAACAGCCUGACCUACAUUUCUUUUUCUGUACAACAGCUUUUAUUUUCUUGGCAUGUGGAUUUCUCGGCCUGGGUGCAGGUGGAAGGCUGAUCUUCAGGUAGCAUCGCUGAUUCAGACAAUCAAAUGUGUAAUAUAUUGCUAAAAGAUUGCUUUGCAGGAAAAAGUUUUCACGUUGAGUGACAAUGGAGGUUGGGUUUGAGAAAAAAAAUACUUCAGAAAUUUGAAUUUGACCUGGAACAUAUCCUGUCUCGUCACCAUGCAUGCAAAAUGUUUCCUUUUUCUGGCAGGUUGUAAUAAGAUUGGCUUUAAAAAAUAAAAAAUAAAUAAAACGUAGGAUAAGCUUUAAUUAAAGCACAAGCUUGGAUCAAUCUAUUUUUUUCCUGCAUUGCAAAAAUGUCAUCAAUGUAAAAAUCUGUUCAUCGACUGUAUCCAUGACCUCAACGGGAUUGAGGGGCUGACAUUUUACAAUAAUCAACAGGUCAAAGGUCAUUCUUCAGGAGAGUCUUGUCACCUGACUUUGGGGACAUCUCAUUAUCUUGUUGAGUAAUUUCAGGCCCAGACCCUGGGCGUGUUGAUUUGCGAUCUGGACCGACAGACUGGACUCAUCUGUGCGUGUUCUUGGCUGGGUCGCUGCAUGAUGACGCGACCUUGCUGCAGGUUCAUAACUCUCUCUGUAUCUUCAUGAUGAGCUGUCGCAUCAAGGCAAAAACUAUCAUCUGUCUCUCGUUUUUUUUAUUAUUAUUUUUUUUUUUUUACAAUGAAAAAACAGGGCAAAAACUCUGAAAAAUGUCAUUUCCGUGCAUAUCCGUGCUCCUGUUUUUGUGUCACAAGUCAGUACAGUAAAAUUUACAGAUUUUCAAAAGCUCCCCACUCCCUGUAGUGCAGUGUUGAUAUCCUAGAGAAAAUGCAAUAGAUUCCUCUUCUGUUUGCUCUUUUUGUUGUGUAACUUGGGGGAUUUAGGUUUUGUUUUUUUUUUCUUUUUAAACUAAAAGUUUUCCUCUCCUGGGACCUUGAUUAACGGAGCAAGAGAGCAGUUUUGUCUUCAUGCAAUGCUUUCUGUUUCCAGAGAUAUUACAAAUACUUUUAGCCAGAGAGGAAGAAUGUAAAUCAUAGGGAGGAAAUAUAUAUUAUAUAAAGUUGUAUAAUAAACAAAAUAUAUAUGAACCAAUGUUAUUUAUGUGAAGUCCAAUAAAAAAUCUGACUGCAAA